GUAGCUCUAGAAUAUAUAUGGGUUUGAUGUUCCUCUAAGCAGACUUUGUAUCUAACUUCUAAUAAUUUCUCUUUUUGAGCAAAUAAACUAGUUUUGUACAAAAGCAUGUAGCAGCACAGCCCCAGAUAGUAGAGCAUGUGAUGUGUACAAUGUUAGCGCAAGUGAAGGACCAAUGGCACAGUCGGGCUAGUUUGGAAAAAGACUUACGCAUGCGAUUUACUUCAAAAUGACUUUAUUUGGACAGUAGCCGAUAAUGCCCACCUUCAUUUACAUGUCUUGAGAAACACACAAAUAGGUGUAUGAUUCAAAUCGUCAUUUUUUUUUUACUUUCGUGCUUACGACUGCGCAUCUGAAGACUGGUAUAAAUAGGCAACUCUCGUUUUCUCUUUAUUGUUUCCGUAUGUCUAACAACAAUUUGAUUAUUUUGAUUACUGGUGCUUCCACUGGCCUUGGAAGAUUGACUGCUAAAAAAUGCCUUCAAUCGGGCCAUAUUGUCAUUAUUACUGGUCGUUCAGAACAAAGAAUUAAAGAAGCAAAGCAAUGGAUUCUCCAAGAUUCAAGUCCUCAGCAUGAAAGCAGAUUACAUGGCAUUACGAUGGACUUGCUGGACGUUGCUUCUAUGAAGAAAGCUGUUCAAGUUUUGGGUACACUUGUAUCUUCUAUUGACGUGAUUGUCCAUAAUGCAGGUGGUCUGAAUCCCAAGUUUUCACAAACUUACAACUUUGAGGAUACUGUCUUUAUGAACGCUGUUGCUCCUUUGUAUCUCAACCAAUUAUUGCUUCCCUUUAUCGAAAAAAGUCAGCAUCCUCUUAAGCGCAUUAUCUUUGUUGCUUCUCAGAUCCAUAAUGCCGAAAUCAAUGAUGGAACUGGAGAGUUGCGCAAUAUCUCUGAAGAUGUACAGCUUGAUGAAUUGACAGGUAACAAAGAGACAUGGGAUACAGUAAAGUACUACAGGCUAUCCAAACUAGCUUUGAUCUGGGGUGUGCUAGCAUUAAUUCCUCAACUUGAGUCAACUAAAGUCAUUCUCAUGUGUCCUGGAUAUGUGCCUACUACAGAUCUUGCUCGUCAUUCACGCCAUUUAGUUGACAAAGACGUGGAUUCGCCUCAUGCCACUUCACAAGACGAAUCCACAGAUGCCUAUAUCUAUCUCAUCACAAGUCCUGAUAUCAAGUCUGGCUCAUACUAUCGAAAGAAAGAGCUAACUUCUGUCUCAAAUGAUGCCUUAAACAAGAGAAAGCAACAAGAGUUCUACCAGCUUGUUCAAAAGGCAAUUCAGAGCAUAUCAUGUCAAUAUUGAUAUUAAUAAAAAAAAAGAGAGAGAGAGUGUCCAUUA